AUGUCAACAGCUGAAGUGGAACAUGUCCCUGACCAGGGUAAUACCAACAUCAACAACAACAACAUCAUCAACAACUCUGACAACACCAACAACAUCACCAACAACAACAACACCAACAAUGUCACCAACAACAACAUCAAUAACAAUAACAACAAUAACAACCUACUUUCAAACAUCAAGAAUACAUUAGAAUUUAUAGUCAAUCAUUUAAGUGCAUUGAUAGUAUUGGCAUCGAUUGUCUACUCGAUACUAUGGACUUUGAUACAGAUGACACUGACACAUUGGAUAUGGAUGAUGACAUUGGUAUUCACCGUUAUGUUAAUCUAUCAACUAUUAUGUAUUAUUGGUUAUUAUAAGCUUGGUGGCAAUGGACUGUUCUUUUUAUACUCUGGCGGCGGAGGUGUCGGCGGUGUCUCCUCCUCUGGACGACAACAACAACAUCAACAUGGAUGGUUGGGAUCAAGCACCAACAGCAGCACAUCAACAACACAUCGAAUGCAUGCCUCUAGGCAUCCACAACAUCUAUCACGUCUGACACAAAUGUUCAACAUACCCCUGAGUCUACAACUCACUCUCAUGGACAGAGACUUCAACUCCAAUGACUAUGAGAUGCUACUGGCAUUGGAUGAUAACAAUCAGAAUUAUGGUGCAGCAAAGAAGGAACAGAUUGAGUCGCUGCCAGUGAAUCAUUUGGUUGGACAGAAGGAGUUGGAUGAGUUGAAUGGUGCCACAAAGUCAGGUGAUGCACCGGUGGAAUGCUCGAUAUGUCUGAGUGGAUUCGAAGUUGGUGAGCGUUUAAAGACGCUGCCUUGUCAACAUCACUAUCAUUCCGAUUGUAUAGAUAAUUGGUUAAUAAUCAAAGGAAUGUGUCCAGUUUGCAAGUCUGAUGUCUUUGUCAGCAACAACAGCAACAGUAGUGACAACAAUGGCAAUGGACCCAACGACAAUAAUGGAUCAAAGUCAUCAUCAUCAUAG